AUAUCGAGUAAGUGGUAAUUUAAGGUUUAGAUAGUGAGAAAAGAAAGAGCUCAAGAAACACAUAACACAGAGAAUGACUGCGAAGAAGACUAAACUAGAGAACUUGCUUUCUCCUUCAUCUUCAUGGCGGGAAAACCAUAAUCCUCCUCGGAGAAACUCAAACUCCUCUGUCGUUUCCUCUGGCUGCCUCCCGGGAUUCUUCAACCUCUUUCUAUCAACAUUCAACUUCUCCUCCAACCGCCGCAAAUCCAUCACUUUAGGCUCAAAGAAACAAGAACAUAGAACAGUCGUCUACGCUUCUCCUCCGGAAGACACAACAAAUGGAGACGGUAGAGGGAAGGUCGAGCCGCCGCUUCCAACCAACGAAGGAGUGGAAGAAGAUGCAGCGAGGGUGAGUCUUGUCGGAGCGUUAGAGAAAUGCGACCGGGACUUAGAGGAGCUCCGGAAAACCAUCAACGUCAUCAAAACCACUUACCUUCUUCAAAAGAAACUUGAGGUUUCACCACCAAAGGCGCGUACCGGAGAUGUCGUCGUGGGGGUGCAAACGAAUAAUAACACGAAGACGAUAAUACACGAAACAGACACGGACACAACAAUGUUCUCGACGAUGAUGAACGAUCACGAGUACAAAGCCAACAAAACCUACAAAGUCAACAACAUUAAUCUAGUAACUAGACCCGAUCAUAAUGACGUCAUUUCCAAGAGAACGAUAGAUACACGUUGCACAUCGCCACUUGUGGUGCGGAAGGUGAGAUCACGGAGCUUGAUGGACAGCGUGAACCAGGUUUGUGAUGACUUGGUAUCUGGUCAACGAAGAGAGGUUGGUAAGAUCGGUUUGGCCCUUCAUGACCACAUCUGUGGGGAUUUAAUCACAGAGAUCGUUGGCGAGCUCUCCUUCUCCCACUACGACAACAGCAAGUGUCAUAAACCAGCGGUUGAUUCUGCUGAUGGUCAUGACAAAGGAAGUGGACGCCGACACAACCGACGUGGUAGUACCAACUCACUCCCGCUCGACGCAUGUCGAAGAAGAUUAGUGUUUUGAUGUGGUUGAUCAUGACAUAGUCGCGACAGUUUUCACCUAUGACACAUGUUGUAGCUCUUAUAUUAUAAUCUUGUUGUAUUAAUAAUCUAAGACGAACAUUUCACAAAGGUGUGCAAAUGGUUAAGUUUAAUGAUAUUUUUAUUCAGUCGUGAGAUUUCACCGUCUUCGCUAGUGGAUCUCUGUGCCCGUU